UAAGGCGGAAACCAUACUGUAUAUUUCAUUGUAGUACACAAUUUGUUCUCUAUACUUCUCUUACAGUGUUUCUGCAGUUGAUAAUGUUUCAUAACUAUUACCAUUGUUCAAAGAUCAAAUAUCCGUAAUAAUAAUAAUAUUCUCACAAAACUUGACGUAUUUUUUAACUGUUGACGUUUCAAAUCUAUACAGUCGCGUCUACUUCUAUUAGUACGUGAUAAAAAUACCGUCAACAUGUCUUUAUACCCUUCGUUGGAAGAUUUGAAAUUGGACGAGUUUGUUAAGGCUCAAAAUCAAAUUAUUCAACAAAAUGAUAAUCCCCCGCCUUAUAUGGCAAUAUGUCCACCUCACCCGUCAGGUAUGGAUCAAGAUUCGUUGGGUGCCAUGUAUCCAAUACUCAACGAUUACAUGGGUGUAGAACUUAGUACUCUAGCACAAAAUAAUGCUGUAGCCCAUACAUUCCAUGAUAUUCCAUCAUAUGUAACAAAUGGUGUUCGUAAGUUGGUGUUGUGUAAAGACAGUAAAGGCCAAGUUGGAUUAAAAUUGUCUACAUUUAACAAUGGUGUAUUUAUUAGUGUCGUAAUACAAAACAGUCCAGCUGCUAAAGCAGGUUUGAGAUUUGGGGAUCAAAUUUUACAAAUCAAUGAAGAUUUUAUUGCAGGAAUGAGUGUUGACAAAGUGAACAAAAUUUUUAGAGAAUGUUCCGUUAACAAUAUCAAUGUUAUUGUCAGAGACCGGCCUUUAGAACGUUCCAUUAAUCUUUAUAAAGAUCGCGCUGGCCAUGUUGGUUUUCAAUUUAAAAAUGGUAAGAUUACCGAUAUUGUCAAAGACUCAUCUGCAGCUCGUAAUGGAGUGCUUACUGAUCACCAGUUAUUGGAAGUAAAUGGACAAAACAUUAUUGGCUUGAAAGAUAAACAAAUAGUGGAAAUCAUUGCAAAAGCCUCAGACAUGAUAACUAUUACUAUCAUUCCUGUUUCAAUUUAUGAUCAUAUGAUUAAAAAGAUUGCGCCAUCAUUGAUUAAGAACAUCAUGGACCAUUCAACAAUAUAAAAA